CAACCCUUUCUUCGCCGCUUUCCUGGAGCCGCACCAUACGCGGAUCCAUUCAUUUGCUUCUCUCUCUAGAAAGGGAAGACAUGGCGAUUGAUCAUUCGCAGCACCCAAGUGUCUCUCAGAAGUUAGCUGGGAGUCUUCUUGGAUCUAGCAUGACACAGCUUCGUGCUCGUGAGAGUGGUUUCCAGCAACCACAGGCCUACCAGAGGCAUUUCCAAUAUGGAAAUUACUCAAAUGCUGCAUUUCAGUAUCCAACUCAGCCAUCAGCUGACCUUUCCAUGAUUGUGCCUAAAGUAUCUCCUAUCUGUGUCCAAGCCCCAGCUGAGAAAGGUCUUUCAGGAUUUGCUAUUGAUUUCCUUAUGGGUGGAGUCUCUGCAGCUGUAUCAAAAACUGCUGCUGCUCCCAUUGAACGUGUGAAGCUUCUGAUCCAGAACCAGGAUGAGAUGCUCAAGUCUGGUAGGUUGGCUGAACCAUACAAAGGUAUUGGUGAUUGUUUUGGUCGAACAAUCAAGGAUGAGGGGUUUGUUGCGUUGUGGAGAGGAAACACUGCUAAUGUCAUCCGUUAUUUCCCAACCCAGGCCCUGAACUUUGCAUUCAAGGAUUACUUCAAGAGGCUUUUCAACUUCAAAAAGGACAGAGAUGGCUACUGGAAAUGGUUUGCUGGAAACUUGGGGUCUGGAGGUGCAGCUGGUGCUUCCUCUCUUCUUUUUGUUUAUUCUCUUGACUAUGCCAGAACCCGUUUGGCAAAUGAUUCUAAGGCUGCAAAGAAGGGAGGAGAGAGGCAGUUUAACGGUUUGGUUGAUGUCUACAAGAAGACACUAGCAUCAGAUGGUAUUGCUGGGCUUUACCGUGGAUUUAACAUUUCAUGUGUUGGAAUCAUCGUAUAUCGUGGUUUGUACUUUGGAUUGUAUGAUUCUUUGAAGCCCGUUGUCCUUACUGGAAAGAUGCAGGAUAGUUUCUUUGCUAGCUUUGCUCUUGGUUGGGUGAUCACAAAUGGUGCUGGACUUGCAUCCUACCCAAUUGACACUGUCCGUAGAAGAAUGAUGAUGACGUCUGGUGAGGCAGUCAAGUACAAGAGCUCCUUCGAUGCAUUCUCUCAGAUUCUGAAAAACGAGGGUGCCAAGUCACUAUUCAAGGGUGCUGGUGCCAACAUUCUGCGUGCCAUUGCUGGUGCUGGUGUGCUUUCUGGUUACGACAAACUUCAGCUGAUCGUCUUUGGCAAGAAGUACGGAUCAGGCGGCGGCUAAGAGUGACAAUUGAGGAGUUUGCUCUCCAAAUAGAUGGUGACGAAGCUUUUGAAGUUUUGAGGGUUUUCUUUUCGCGCAAAAGGUUUGAAUAAUAAUUCAGUUUUUUGGAAGGGAAUUGGUAAGUCGCUUCCCAGACAUUCCUUUUUAAAUGGAUUUUUCUUAAUAUUGUGAACUCUAUUAUAUUAGAGAGCAGGCAUCAGUGCAUUGCCAGUACUGAUUCUAAAUAGCUAAAACUGAUAUUUAUUCGGUUACAAUUCUGAUUCUCUAUUUUGAUAUAUUUCUUGAACUGCUUCAGUA